AUGAAUGGUAUACAUAUAUAUCAGGAGAAAGAUGUAAUAUGUCAUGAUUAUGGUCUAGCAUUCAGGCCUGUAGCCAGGGGGGGGGAGUUCGAUGGGAGUGAGAGGGCAGAUGCCACUGGGGCUACAGGAGUGAGAUUGAAAGAAGGAGCAAAUAUUAACCGAUCCUUGGUGACAUUAGGCAAUGUUAUAUCCACAUUAGCUGACAUGUCUGUGAAGAGUGGUAGCCAGAAGAAGCAGCUGUUCAUUCCCUAUAGGGAUUCCAUCCUCACCUGGCUCCUGAAGGACAGUCUGGGGGGUAAUGCAAAGACCAUCAUGAUUGCUACCAUUUCCCCAGCAGAUGUAAACUAUGCAGAAACGCUCAGUACACUACGCUAUGCUAACAGGGCAAAAGACAUCAUUAACAAACCCACUGUCAAUGAAGAUCCCAAUGUUAAACUGAUCAGGGAACUUAGAGCUGAAAUAUCCCGACUCAAGAUGCUUUUAGGUGGAAAUAUAGAUCAGAUGACAACCCCAAAGGUACAGGAAAGAUUACAUGAGAGUGAGGCUCGUGUUAAAGUUUUGACGGAUGAGUGGGCGGGAAAGUGGUGGGAGGCCCAGACGAUUCUACAGGAGCAAAAGACGCUUGCAUUAAGAAAAUCUGGCCUGGGUGUAGUACUUGACUCUGACCUGCCUCAUCUUAUAGGUAUAGAUGAUGAUAUCCUCAGUACAGGAAUCAUGCUCUACCAUCUCAAGGAGGGUACUACUACAAUUGGAACACAAGAUGCCAAGGUAAAACAGGACAUAGUCCUCACAGGGUUAGAUGUGGAGGAUGAGCACUGUACAAUCAAACACAGCUCUGGAGUGGUAACCUUAUGUCCCCUGCCAGGAGGGGUAUGCAUCAUUAAUGGAACUAAGAUUAGUGAACCAACUAAACUAAAUCAAGGUGCUGUGAUUCUACUAGGAUCAACCAAUAUGUUCCGCUUCAAUCAUCCGGCUGAGGCAGCCAAGCUGAGAGAAGAAUAUAACAAUUCACCUUCUACCACCAACAGGAGCUUGAAUAUAUCAAGGAUGUCUCUCCUUAGUCAAUCUAUGACAGACAUAAGUCGAUCAAUGGGCUCUUUAGACAACCUUGCUUUGUUUAGUCCUGGUCCAGACUGGGAGCAGCGGCACCAAGAGGAUGUUGAGAAGCUUGAGGAAAAGAGACGCCACAUCGAGGAACUGGAAGACCAGUAUAAAACUAAGGAGGAUGAGCGUAACCUUCAGUUGGAGACUAAAGAAGAAGAGAUAAAAGAUCUAACAGAUAAAUUGGAGUCUUUGCAGUUAGAAUCUGAGCAGUUGAGAAAAUAUGCAGCUGAGAUUCAUGGAAGUAUAAAGACAGAGGAGGAAAAACAGAGGAGCAGAAGUUUUGACCUUCAGAGUCAGCUUCAUUGUCAGGAUGAGGAGCAGGUUAAUUUAGAGAGAGAGCAAGAUGAAUUGAAAACUAAAUGGGAUGAUUUCGAGCGGAGAGUUUUAGAUUUUGAAGAUGAAAUUAAAAUAGCCAAGGCUGAGUUACAAGAGAAAAUCGAUGACCUUGAAACUGAAGAAGAGAAGCAGAAGCGGGAUUUGGAAAUGAGGCUGACCCAAAUUGCUGAGCGUGAACAAGAGUUGGAACAGAAGGUGGCAGAUGGGGAAGUUGAACAGAAGAGUCGUCAACAACUUCUUCAAUGGGAGAAAUCAGAAAACAUUAGACUCAUAGCGGAGAAGGAAGUGAAACUUGAAAAACUUGAUAAAGAUCUGCAAGAUGCUUGCCAACGUGUUUCUGAAAUGGACGACCAAUCAAAACAAGAAAUGGACAGUGAACUGAAGAAGGUGCAAGAUGCCCUUAGUGACAUUACUUCUCUAGAACAUGAAGUCAAAGAAAGUUUUGCCAAAAAGGAAGUAGAAAUCAAGAACAAAAUUACAAAGGACUUGAAAGAUAAUCAGAAGAAGUUAGAAGAUAAGAAACAGGGCAUUAUUGCAAGGGAGGGUUCUCUACGUGAACAACUAAAAAAUGGUGAAUUUGAAAAUGCUACCGAGGAAGAGAAAUUACGGAAAGAACUAAUAAGGGCAGAGGUUCAAAAAGUCCAUGUAUUGGAAGAUGAAGAAAAACUGAGAUUAAAAGAAGCAGAAGUUGACAGGGUCGUUCAUAAUGAACUAAAAUCACUAGAAAAAUCACAGAAGGAAGAAUUAAGCAUAAUUCAACAAGAAAAAAACAAACUAGAAGAUCGCCUUAAAGGCAGUGUAGAAUAUAUUCAAAGUGCAAUAAAGAAAACUGGUGAAACGCUACAAGAACAUCAAAGUGCCAAUGAAGUAUGCAAACAUAAACUAGUCAAGCUGAAUCAAGACUAUUCCGAUAUGCUUGAGGAGGUUGAUAAAGAACAGCAACAUUUGAAACAAGAGAAGGAAGAUUUGAUACAUGCAGCUGAGGCAGAGAGUGACAGAAUUGAAGGUGCCAGAGCAGAAGUUCACAUGCAACAUGAAGACUUAGAAAAGCACAUGUCUGAAGAACAAUCUAACUUUGAUAGUGAGAGAAAACUACUGGAGGAGAAAGAACAGAUGUUGAAUAAUCAAGAGAAAGAGCUCAGCUCCAGGGUGCAGCAUACAGAGGAGCAGCGCAGGAAAAGUGAAGAAAUGUUACUGGAGCUACAGCAGAAAGGUGAUAUCUUAGAACAGAGGUAUGACAUCACAGGCAGGCAGAGCUCCAUCUCUGAGCAGAAGUCAUCUUUUAUGGACAAGACUGAGAUGAGGAAGAGGCUGGAUGAGCUGCACAAGAUGGAGGAGUUGUGUAAGAAAUCAGAACAAGAUCUGGAAGUAAAGCGCAAUCAGUUUGAGGAGGAAAGGAAUAAAGAACUUGACAGAAUUGAGAUUGAGAAAUACAAACUGCAGGAAAUGGAACAUCAGGAUAGAAUUAAUUCCUUGGUGGAGCAAGAGGUGAAAAAGCGCCUGUUUGAAGAAAAGGUUCAAAGAGAAAAACAACGAAGGAUAGAACGAGAGAAGGAAAAACGUGAAAGAGAUGAAGAAUUGCAGAAGAUCCGAUUGGCUCAUAAAAAGGAAUUAGAAAGGUUGAGGAAAAAAUAUGAAUUAAGUGAUAACAGUCUUCCUGCUCCUUCUAAAAGCAACCCUUAUGCCUCUGUCAUGACUGGGGAAAAGCUGCCACAGAAUCAGAAUGGAGAUGUAUGGGUGCCAAGAAAGGGUCCUCAAGCAGCCAGCUCAAUGCCCAAACGUUCCACUUCAAUGCCAAACUUGCCCAUAGAGAACCCUAUAAUAAUUGACAUUCCAUCAUUCACAAUGAGAGGCUAUGGAAUAGAUGCUCACUAUGAAUAUGAAGUCAAGGUGAAUGUAUUAGGAGACAGCUGGUCUGUCUACAGGAGGUAUAGCAGGUUUAGAGAGCUACACAACACAUUGCAGCAUGAAUAUAUAGAGGUUGGUGCACUGGCAUUUCCACCUAAACGCUGGUUUGGUAACCGUUCUGAAAAGGUUCUCUCAGAGCGUAGAGUCCAGUUAGAGAAUUACCUACGUAAUGUGAUCGAGAUAUGCCGUAAGUUGCCAAAUUGUCCGCUACAUGCCACUAAAAAUAAACACAUCAAUAAACAAGUACUCCUCGAGUUUUCCACAUUCUUCAAGAAAGGUGUAUUUGAAUCUACAAAACAUGGAACUGGAUGAAUUAACACUACCCAAUGUACCAUAUGGCUGGUAUCCCUAGGAAGGAUAUCAUAUCCAGCUGUGAUAAAUAGAACAAGGGUGCUAGUCUAUAUUUUUGCCACUAUCUGAGCCAAGUGGUCGUCAUGAUUGCACAGCAUUAACAUUAUUCGCCAAAAUCAUCUGUACUUCUACUCAAUUUGACAGCCAUUUUAAUUAGGCGGAUCUGCCAAAUUGUUAAAGUCUGCCAAGUAAAGAAGCCACCAAAUUCAAUAUUUCAAUUGUAAA